AUCCCAGACCAUCCUCGAAAUGCCGAUCAGCGAAGGCGACCAUUACAUUCGCAAUAAAGGAUUUGGGGCUUAUGUCCAGCGCGCACUCAAUGAAGAUACAAGUCUAAAUCCCAAGAGCGUCAUCGCAGUUCCACCCGGAGUGGAGGCCAAUCUGUGGUAUAUCACAAAGGAGGGUGAUUUUUACGUCCUCAAAGACAAGGGAGCCCCCGCGUUCGCCAAAGAUAACCUCGUUUUUGUUUCGGUGGCCGAAGAAUACAAGGUUGACGUGAAGUGGAGACUCACUGAGAUUCCAAAUGAGGGACGAAAUGUUUACCUCAUUGAGUCCGUGAACAAGCAUGGAGGUUGGGUUUUACCCACGGAAGAACCAUAUACUCAGGUUGCCUUCCGCCCACUCAUCGUAGGUCCGAGAGAGCCACCGUUUUACCCGCCGAAUCAGCUCUGGGUCAUCACUCCUUUGGUUGAUUGAAGAAAGACUCGAUGAAAUUGGACUGUACGUUCUGUGAUUUGUUGCGAUAAACUUGUACGAUACAUAGGAGGGGAAGGGGCUCAACUUUUGCUAUCAAAUUUGUUACUCAAGUAAGUUU